AUAAAAGAAUCUAGCGAAACUACGAUGCAACUCGAAAGCAAAUUAUAUAUUCCUCAAAUAGAUCUUGCACCAAUAAGAUUGCCAUAUCCGAGAACUGUAUGCACAAGUGCUGGAUGUGUCAAAACAAUACAAAUCGAACAACUUAAUAUCUAUAAAACAGACUACAUAACACAUUGUCAUCCACACUGUUAUUUAGACAAUGUUAAACAGAAUGUAAUAAAUAAUGCAGUUUUGAAAGAAUGUUUUGCUAUGAAUUCAUCUGGCAAUUGUAAAGUCUGUAAGUGUCACUGGAGCAAACAUAUGUUUAUCAACUACGAGAAUAAAAUAGUAAUAAAAAAUAUCUUUGAUCCAAAAAUUAAAAAGCAAAUUUCUGAAAAUAAAACUUAUCAAGAAAAAAAACAAGCAAUUUUAGAACAAUUUGAAGCAAGACGUAUACAACUGGAAAAAGAAAAGGAAAUAAUCGAAGGAAUUAGUCUAAAAUUUGCUCAAUUCUUGCGAGAAAAUGCGCUAGCUCCUUUUAAUGAUGCGUAUGCUGAUUAUUUGGAUCUUUUUAUAAAUGAAGAAAAACGUAUAAAAAGCGAAAAUCCUCUUAAUUAUAACAACGAAUUCCUGAAUCGACUUGAAGAAACUAAAAAUAGUUACAUUCGAAAUCUAACAAUCAUACAAAAGUCUAUUGAAACGAAAAGAUCUUCUAUACCUCUACUCUCUCCUGAAGAUAUCGCUCAUCUCGAACAACAAUUAUACGAAUUACCAAUAAACGGAGAAACUCUAAAAAAAGUAAAGCAAGAAGCAAAAAAAGGUAAAAAUAACGCGUUUAAGUAUCACGAAAAUCACAUUAGAAUCACAAAUAGACUCUGGAAACCAAGUAUUUCAAAUACUCCCCAAAAAAUUCGGAACGUUUAA